ACAGCUAGCAAAUGACAUAGAGGAUUUGUUUCACAACCAUUUAGAUAAAGACACAGUUACAGGUUUGUUCAAAGACAUACAGAUUGGUUCAACAUUACUACACAAAAUCAAAAAUGGCAGUACAACAGGUGAAAUUAAAGUAGCUAAUUUGUUUACCAACCUGACAACAAUCAGGGCAGAGUUGAAAGAGAAAGGAGUAAGAUUUACUCUGGUAGAGUUUAUACAGCUCAUGAAUGCCUCUAUUGAUUUUCAGAAGGUACAUUUGUCCAACUUUAACACAGCUCUAAAAAGUUUUGACAGUUGCCCUGGUACUGAAUCUUCCCAGCAGGAUGCUAUAUCUGCCAUGUCUCAUUCUACAUUAUGUUCAUCAUACGGAUUACUGGGAAAUCUACAGUUUUAUCCUGCCUCAGCUAAAGCAAAUUUAACAUCUAAAAUAUGUGGAUUAAAUAAUCAACAGAAAACUGAUCUAUUAAUUGUAUUCAGAUCAGGAUUUAGUAUCAAGAAGUUUGUUUUACAGAUGGUGAAGUUUACAUUUAUUAACACCAGACAGUUUCCCAAUAUAAAUAGAAUUUUCACUAAUCUAAGAAAUGUUUAUACCUCGUUCAAUUAA